UCACUGGACGUGCAACCUAUCACACUCAUCACGGAAUAUGCUUGUAGUGGAAGCUUUGCGCAACCUGCUUAGGAAACUACAUAUUGAAGGAGACCUAAUGUCAACUGGAGGGAAAAUGGUUAUAAUUUACACCGGUGUGGACAGUCUUGGAAGACAGGAACAAGUCCAAGCAACUGCAGUCACGUUGCUUGGCUGGGCAUGGCAAAUUGCCAAUGGCAUGACGUACGUGACAGAGAAGGGCUUCAAUCACGGUGACGUCACUGCAAGAAACAUUCUCGUAACAGAUCAGGGAACGGUAAAGCUCUGUGACUUUGGUCACGCGCAGAUAUGCCCAGCGGGAAACCAGAUUAGCACAGAUACACAUACUAUUCCCGUCCAAUCCGCUGCACCAGAGACACUUCAAACUGGACAGCGGUCAGAGGCUUCUGACGUCUGGGCGUUCGGUGUACUGCUAUGGGAAAUAACGACGCUUGGCAACGAGCUCUAUUCGGGAAUUAAGGAAGAAGACAUGCUGCCGUAUCUUCUGGAUGGAAAUAGACUCAAGCAGUCAGACUACUGUUCCACCCAGCUAUAUGAACUGAUGCAGAGUGCUUGGAAAACUCGCACCUCAGUGAACGACCAGGCUUUUCGGCAGCUGUCAGCAGGAACUACAGACAAUGAUGUCCGUCUGCUCACAAACACAUAGACCUGAUGGUAAGUCCAUAACGCCUGGAGCAAUGCUGAGUGAGAACGACUGCACCACCUCUAGCUGUCGAUCCAGCUUAGCUGAACCUGCCGACAACUCUCACGGGAGACCGAUGGUCGCUGAGCUGAUCCUCACAAACGAGGUCACGGUCCAUUCUGACCCAGGUCGUCGCUCCACAAGCAGCAGCAGCCAAUCACAGACCGGCUUUCACCAGGGCAGCGUUAGAAGUGCAGGUAGACAGUCUCGUCGCCACAAAUCCUUCAUCAGAGGAAGCCAUCUUGAUUCAACUGGACCAUCCACCGGUGCGCCAUCGCAGUCGCCGAUUUCAACUUGCUCUCGCCAGUCGCACACGAAUUCAACGUGCUCCAAUAGAUCCGAGGACUCCGGCGUGGGAGCCAAUAGGAGGUCAAGCAGACUUGGUAAGGUGAGCCUGUCGCAGCAGCUGAGUCGGUUUGCAUCAUCAAAGUGUCAGGAGGAAUCCGGUCGAUUAUUGGAGGACUAUGAGGAGCAACAGGAGGAGGGUGCUAGCGAUGACGUGUUUGAGGAAUCAAAACCUGACAGCCUCCCAGAAGAUGAGUUAGUUAGGAGUGUAUCUCAAUAAACGAGCUAUUUGCAAACGUAUGGAUUGAUAAAGAAAACGAAGAAACCACAAUGAAAAACAUACCCUGCAAUAUAUAUGUCAUUGCUUUCAUUUAGAUGAUUGUCACGGUCAGAAAAUAUUAAUAUAUUAUUAACUUGUUUGUUUAUAACUUAUUUUGCAUAUAUGUAUAGCAUCGACCUAAUUUGUAUAGAGAAUUUUAACUUCACUAAUAAUUGAUUUAGUUAGCUAAGAAGUCAUUUCAGUAACACAAACUUACUAAAUAUAUUUAUUAAUAAAAUACUGGUGCUUUUAUAUUUUAUUUUAAACUUA